AUGCCGAAUAUAGAGCAGAUAGAAGAUGACCCAGCACCAAUAAAUUUAAUUAAUCCUGCAUUCAAGCCCAUAAGUAGGUCGCACAUUCUCCACUGCUCAUACCAAUAUUGGUACUCAAAAUACCGCUCAUCAUGUAUUAAAUCCAGGAUAAUCCCACUGACUGAUUUGUUUUUGAACUACCUCCGUGAGGAUGGUAUUAUCCUUCCAGAUGAGGUGCCUACUACAGCAUCACCAGAGACUAGCUUUAUAGAAUCUAUUAAUUCUCACAGCGAAUGGGAUGAAGCUGUUGAGUCUUCACCUCAUCUCGCAUUUCCUGAAAUACAUCAAAAAAUCAAAGACACCAUCCUUGAACUUGGUGGAUCUGUCGCUCCAAAGUUAAACUGGUCAGCACCUAAGGACGCUACUUGGAUCUCGAUGAAGAAGAAUUCUAUGGAAUGUUCUUCACCAAAUGAUAUUUAUUUACUUCUUAAGAGCUCUGAUUUUAUCACCCAUGAUCUAGAGCAUGCCUUCGAUGAUACGACCAAUCCCCAAGAAAUUGGACAAGAAGAUAUAAAUUACAUAUUGGUACUCCGAAAAUGGUUUCAAGUCAAUCCAGCUUGCGAAUUUCGAUGUUUCGUCAGGGAACGGAAAUUAAUUGGUAUAUGUCAAAGAGACCUAAACCAUUUUUCAUUCCUAUUUGCCAUCAGAGACAAAAUACGUGAUAAGAUUAAGGAGUUCUUCGAGAACACUCUCGUCAAAACAUUUCCAGACCCCGAAUUCGUUUUUGAUGUCUACUUGCCCGAGCCAUACGAAAGGGUGAGGCUUAUAGAUAUCAACCCUUGGGCACCUAAAACUGACCCCUUACUUUUCUCUUGGAUUUACCUUCUGUCUUUACCUCUUCCUCAACAUCUAUUGGGAUUACCCGACUCAGAAGCGUGUCCCUCACUACCAUCAAGUAGUAGUGACAAUGAUACCCCCGACGAAGACGUUGGUGAGACUGACUGGGUGCCAGAAAUUAGAUUAGUUAGAAAAGACGAUCCCAGGGCUUACAACUUUGCUAGUUCCCAAUAUAGUGCGCACAAAUUGCCACGAGAAGUUGUAGAAGCAGGAAUGCAAGGUGAAAAUGCAAUACGUGAUUUUGCCACUCAAUGGGAAAAGAUGAUGAAUGGGCAAGCCAAGUUAUGGCGCAGCGAAAUUAGCGACGAGGAUGACAUCUAG